UUCAAUCUUUAGCGCCAAAAUCUAACUUUGGUUCCUCUCUGAAACUCAACGCAUUUCUCGUUCCUCCAAUUCCUCGUUCUGCAUUCCAAUUCCUGUUAGUUAUUUCAAUUGGACCCUUAGGCAUGUAUGGUUAAUGUCGGACAGCUGAAAUGAGAUGCAAUGCAUGCUGGCGAGAAGUAGAAGGGCGAGCCAUUUCCACAACUUGUGGUCACCUAUUAUGCACAGAUGAUGCCAAUAAGAUAUUAAGCAAUGAUGGAGCAUGCCCUAUUUGUGAUCAGGUUCUUUCAAAGAGUCUCAUGAAACCAGUGGAUGUCAAUCCCAAUGAUGAAUGGGUCAAUAUGGCCAUGGCUGGAGUAUCUCCACAGAUAUUGAUGAAGAGUGCAUAUAGAAGUGUGAUGUUCUACAUUGGGCAAAAAGAACUGGAGAUGCAGUUUAAGAUGAACAAGCUUGUUGCCCAAUGCCGGCAGAAAUGUGAGAUGAUGCAAGAGAAGUUCACAGAAAAACUGGAGCAGGUUCAUACUGCUUAUCAAAAGAUGGCUAAGAAGUGCCAGAUGAUGCAACAGGAAAUUGAGAGCUUAACCAAGGACAAUCAAGAACUUCAGGAAAAAUUUGCUGAAAAAUCCCGGCAGAAGAGAAAAUUGGAUGAAAUGUAUGACCAGCUGAGGAACGAGUAUGACUCAGUAAAGCGAUCUGCCAUACAGCCCACAAGCAACUUUUAUUCCAGAAACGAGCCUGAUCUGUUCUCUAACCCACCUAACAUAAUGGAUGACAGGGAAAUUGGCAGAAAAGGUCGAUCGGUAUUGACUCCUGCCACUCCAGGGCCAAGAGAGGAUGUCUGGCCAGCAAGGCAGAAUAGCAAUAACUCCGGUCACUUCGAUCUCUCGGUCGGCUCGCCGGCAAAACCAACAGUCAUUGCUGGGGAUGCUGGGAACAGAAGGGCUGGUGCUCAUCCUGUUUUUGGACCUGGUGCAACUAAUAACCCUUCCAUGACUUUGAGGAACUUGAUACUGUCUCCAAUAAAACGGCCUCAGCUCUCACGUAACCGCCCCCAACUAUUCACGUUGUAGGCACAAAGGAGGUUAACCUUCUAUAAUACCAGGAAAAACGCAUCUAAAGUUUGCACAAAUGAAUUCGUAGUCCACGUAAUGUGCUGUGAUAUUUUAAACUUCCGUUUCUAUUUGUGACCUUCAAAGUCUUAUAGAUGAAGAGCCGCUAACAUGAACAAUUUAUAUAUCAUUUUCGUUCCCUAGCUUCAAUAUGUAGAUAGAGAAUAUUGCCAGCGUGUUAUAUGGUGAUCGGAGAAAACUCGAAAAUGAAUACCCUUAAAACUUAUAUGAAGUCGCUGUCCCGUUUGGUUUAGUAAAGAAUGAAA